AUGUCUAGUACCAUUUUUGCUAAGCUAAACAAAGAAGACAUCAUUAAGGACACCGUCAAGGACUUGGCUUUUGACGUUCUUGGUGAGUUGUCAGUUUCAUACGCCGUUACCGACGACGUCAAACUGGGUAACGCCAUGCAGAUGGAAGCUACGCAGACUCCUCCCACCAUCAAGUUCACGCCCUUCGAUAAAAGCCAAUUGUCAGCUGACGACAAAUUGGCUUUGUUGAUGACUGACCCGGACGCGCCAUCCAGAACGGACCACAAGUGGUCGGAGAUUUGUCACUACAUCAUCACGGAUAUUCCUGUCGAAUACGGACCUGGAGGAGACAUUGUCAUUUCUGGGAAGGGUGUCGUGAGAAAUAACUAUCUUGGGCCCGGUCCACCAAAGAAUUCCGGUUACCAUAGAUACGUGUUCUUUCUGUGCAAGCAGCCCAAGGGGGCAGAUUCUUCUACUUUUACCAAGGUUGAGAACAUUGUCUCUUGGGGAUACGGUACUCCUGGUGCAGGCGCCUAUGAUUAUAUCAAGCAGAACAACCUGCAACUGAUUGGCGCCAAUUACUACAUGGUUAAAAACACGACUGUUGACUUCAACUAUGACGUGUGA